AUGGAUACCGAGACGGAACCGCUUCGUGUCAAGGCAACGGGCUUUAAGAGGCGCCACUAUGUGAAGCUCCCGGCGCUCCGCCGGUCCCCCGAGCCCAAACGACCGCCGGGCAGCAUGGCGGAAGCCCCGCUGGUGCCGCGGACGGCCAGCGGAGGCGGCGGCAGCGGAGCAGUGGAUGGGGGGAGCGGAGGCGCGGGGUUGGGGGGAGCCGACAAAGAGGGCGAGCAGGCGUCGCGGAGCGCGUGUCCGUUUGUGGCGCCGACGCUGGCGUUUCUGGUGGCUCGGCGGCGCGCGGUGCUGCUGUGCGCGUCGGCGGCGUGCGCGGCGGUGGCGGCAGGGCUGUUCUGCCUGGUGUACUUCCUCCACCUCGCCUCCUACCAGGAGUCUCUGUCAUCGCAGUGUGCGUUGUGGGCGCACGAGUUGGGCAGUGCACUACAAGCAUCGCUGGGAGGGGUGCGCGCGCUGGGAGACACGCUCACAGUGCUGCACGCGGCGGUGGACCAGCAGGCGGCGUUUACGCGCCUGGUGGCCGCCACCGACUACACGCGCCCGCUGCUCGCCUUCCCUCCCCCGGCCCCUCUCGCCGCUGCAGCAGACGCGGGGGCGAGUGGGUGGGGGCAGGGGGCGAGCGCCAUGGGGUAUGCGCUCUCGCUCAACCACUCCUCGCGCGGCGCCGUCCAGAACAGCUUCCUCAACGCCACCUGCAUCUGGAAUGUGAGUGGAGAGUGCGCGCCUCAGCAGCAGCACUACCUGCCGCUGCUCCACUACUCGCCCACCCUCGCCACCAUCCUCUCUCACCUCGCCACCGCCAACAGCAGCAGGAGUGGCGUGGGGGCGGCAAACUACCUCAUGCCAUCAGUUUGGAUCGAGUCGUCUGUGCCGUUGCCUGCCAGCCACCCAUGCCAAAGCGCACACCCGACUCGCUACGAGCUUCAUAGAAAUGCCUCUCCCACAGUCAGCACCAGCAUUGCACAUUUGCUGAAGCACAAACCCUGCACGCCAAAAGUCAGCUCCCCUCCUUUUAACCUGCACCUGCGGAUGCCCACCCCCCUCCCCCUCUUCCAUACAGUCCCCCAGCUGGGCCCCGCGGUUGCCGUCUCAUCGCUCUCCGCCCUCUCGGCCCGCCUGCCCUGCACCCUCUCCCCGCCCUUCGCCCCUCGCUUCCCCUUCCCUGACAACUCCUCCUCCGUGCCCACCUCUUCCCCCUCACCCACCACCAUCAAAUCCUCCUCUUCGACCACCACCAGCAGCGGCAGCAGCAGCAGCAGCGACCAAUCAUGGUCGUUCCCUGCUAAUACAUCUUUCUCGUCGUCAUUGGCAGCAGCAGCAGCAGCAGCAGCAGCAGCAGCAGCAGCAGCAGCAGCAGCAGCAGCAGCAGCAGCAGCAGCAGCUGAGUGGCCAGCGGAGCAGCAGCGGAGAGCAGUGGUGGCAUCAGUGCCCGUGUAUGGACGAGCCGUGCCGCCCAACGCCACGUCAGACGAGAUGCAGGCAGCAGUGAUUGGAUUCGUAUUUGCAGUGGCUGACAUGCAGCUCGCCCUCUCGCAGCUCUCUCAGGUACUUCCAUCCCCGCCUCAUGCCAUGCCUCCUCUCACCCGUGCUCCCACUGCUCCUCUUGUCUCAACAUGGCAGUUUAAGCCGAGCUGCCCAACUUGCACUUCGCAUCCCCCACAUCAUCAUCCAUGUGCUGCCCGCCUCCUGCUCCUGCCCCUCUCUCCCUCUCCCCCCUUUCUCCCCCUGUUGCAGGCGCCAUCCAGCGGCAGCAGCAGCUGUGGGUCAGCGGCGCUGCAGCUGCAGCUGCAGGACACCACCGCCCCCACCACCACGCUCGUCCUCGCCCAGUAUCCCCCGCUGCAGCCCCCCGCCGUGCCUGAGGCGCCCUCGUCCUUCCCUGCAGCGCACGUCGUGCCUCUGCCGGCAGUGGGUCGCCAGUACACCCUCGCCUGCAGGUACCAGUCACGGCCGUUCCCGUACAUGGCGGUGGUGUGGCCGUGUGUGGCGGUGGCGGGAGCAGCGCUGGUGGUGGCGGUGGUGUAUGUGGUGGCGGGCGAGGUGGUGCGCGUGGAGGGCGACCUGCAGCGCAUGGCAGCUCUCAAGGAGCAGAUGCGCGCCGCCAAGGUCGCUGCCGAGGCCGCCAGCCGCGCCAAGGGCACCUUCCUCGCCACCAUGAGCCAUGAGAUCCGCACUCCCAUGAACGGCGUCAUCGGCAUGCUGAACCUGCUGCUGCAGACGCCGUUGGACGCGGUGCAGCUGGACUACGUGGAGACGGCGCGCACCAGCGGCAGGGCGCUCUGCUCCCUCAUCAACGACAUCCUCGACCUCUCCAAGAUCGAGGCGGGGCGGAUGGAGUUGGAGAGCAUGAGGGUGGACGUGAGGGCGGAGAUAGACGACGUGCUGAGCAUGUUUGUGGAGCGCACGCGCAACAAGCCGCAGGUCGAGGUGGCCGCGCUCGUGCACGACGCCGUGCCCACGUUUGUGCUGGGCGACGCGCUGCGGCUGCGGCAGGUGCUGAUCAACCUGCUGUCCAACAGCUGCAAGUUCACGGCGCGCGGCCACGUGCUCAUCACCGUGCGCACCGCCGCCCCGCACGACCACCUCGCCGUCCCCGGCGCCCACUUUGCCGACGCCCGCUCCCUCGCCCGCACCUCCCUUGCCGACUCCGACCGCGCUGCUCCCAGCACCAGCGCCGCUGCAGUUACUAACACACCCGGUGCCGAUGGUGCGGGUGCAGCAGGAGGCGGGUGGAGCUCCACCCCUGCCCCAGCUGGAGGUGCUGCCGCAAGUGCAGUGAUGACUGCGCCUGCUGCUGGUGGUGGUGGUGGUGGCAAGACCGUAGUGGCGGAUGCAGGUGGUGCACGGGGAGAAGUGAGUGCGCGUGCUGGGACAGCGCCGGGUGCUGGGACAGCGCCGGGUGCUGGGACAGCGCCGGGUGCUGGGACAGCGCCGGGUGCAGCGCCUGGAACAACACAACCGGCAAAUGGCAGGAGUGGGGAGGGCGGAGAGGAAACUCGCAGGUUGGGCGGAGGUGACUCAGAUGCAUGGGAGGGAGAGGUACACGGGGAGAAGGACCAGUGUUCCGGUGAGGCGGGCGCAGGGGAGAUGAUUGAUGGGGGCUUCUCCGGCGGCGUCACGCAGGCUCGAGGGGAGUUUGAGACGCUGAGUGGAGUGGAGGCGGUGGAGAGCUGCAACAGCUGGGCGCGCAUCCAGGCACUCAUGGAGCGCCCCCCCCAGGCAGGCCCGCCCCCCGGCCACCUGCAGUGCACGCCUGCUGGGCCGCACAGCAGUGGUGGGGCUGCGGGCAGGGCGGGGGAGCAAGGCGGAGGUGAAGCACAGAGUGGGAUGGUGCGGCUGGUGGUGUCCGUUGAGGACACGGGGCACGGCAUACCGUGGCCGGCGCAGCCUCGUCUGUUUCGGCCGUACGUGCAGGCGGAUAUCAGCACGACGCGCACACACGGCGGCACGGGCAUCGGUCUGUCCAUCUCGCAGCACCUGGUGGCGCUGAUGGGCGGCAAGCUGGCGUUUGUGAGCCGGCCGGGCGUGGGCACCACCUUCUUCUUUGACAUCACGCUGCCCUUUGAGAACCCCCCAGACCCCUCCCAUGACGCCCCCGCCGCUGCUGCUCCUGCUGCCGCCAGCAAGAGAAGAAGUGCCCCCGCACUUGCCUCUCGUGUCUCUGACCUUCAGCGAGCGCAAUUACCGUGUCUCUAUGCAUUCACUGUGCCUCCGUGCAUUCACUGUCCCUCCAUGCAUGCCCGCCCCUCCUGCUCGCCUGGUGCACAGGGGUGCACAGCGGUGGUGCUGGACGACCGGGCUGUGAGGCGCGCCGUCACAGCCACGUAUCUGCGCCGCCUCAGGCUCAACGUGCUCCUCGCUCGCCGCUGGGAGGACCUCCCCCCACUCCCCGCCCUGCCACUGUCCCCCUCCCCUCCUGCCCCGCCUGCUCCUGCCACUCCCCCCCAAGCUACCCCAACCUCCUCGGGCCCACUGGCAGUGGUGGGCGUGGUGCCCCCUGCACUGCCAGGAGUGGCAGCAGCAUCGCUGGCGGGGCAUGAGAGUGGUGUGGCUCCCCCCUCACAUGCCGGGCCAUCUGUUGCCGCAGGAGUGACGGCAGGCGCAGCGAGCACAGCAGCAGGCAGUGCGGGUGGCGGCGGGGCGGGCCCCCCAGCGGGCAGUGCGUUCCUGCUGGUGGACGCUGAGACACUCGCCCGCCAUGCCCGCGCCUGGCGCCACUCAUUGCCCACGCCACCUGCGCGCACACAUGAGGGAAAGCGGGGCGAGGGGGGCGAGCCUGGGCCGAGCAUGGAGAGCGUGGCCGCCCAGGCGGGCUUCCACGCCACGCUGCUGAAACCCAUCCGCCGCGCCGCCCUCGUGGGCGCGCUGCUGCAGGCCGCCAAGCACGGCAGCGGCGGGGGCAGCAGCAGCAGUGCACAGGGCGCAGAGGGCGGGCAGGGCACCUUGGGUAGGCGAGGGGAAGGAGGAUCUGAAGGAAGGAGAGGGACAGAAGUGUCAAGUCCUGAUGAUUUCAGAGGCGUGAUGGGUGGGGAGCACGAAUACGUGGUUGUGGUGGACAACGGGGCAGAGGAUGCAUGUGGGGCAGAGGAUGCAUGUGGGGCAGAGGAUGCCUGUGGGGCAGAGGAUGCAUGUGGGGCAGGUGCAGGCGAAGCAGAGAGAGUGGAUGGAGGAGCAUCUGUGGAGUCAGACAUGGCUCUCUUCCCUGUCACGCUCACGGGAAGGAGCGGAAACAAGGAGAUGCAUCUGAAGCAGGUGGAGGCAGGAGAGAGGAGUGGUGGCGAGAGGAGAGUGGCGGUGGAAGGGCGGGGUGGCAGCAGUGCGGCGGUGGCGAGUCCCAGGGCGAGGAGGGUGGCUGAGCGUGCCCCACAGUCGCUGACUCAGAUGCUCACUGCAGUGCUGCAUGGCAAGCACUUUCUGGUGGUGGACGACAACAUGGUGAAUCGCAAGGUGAUAGCCAAGAUGCUGGAGCGAUACAAGGUGCACGUGGUGCCUGUCGUGGGGGGUGCUGUGGCCGUGGCCAAGGUGGUGCCGGGCCACGCCUUCCACUGCAUCCUCAUGGACGUCCAGAUGCCGGGUAUGGACGGAUUCGAAGCCACAAGGCAAAUUCGCAGGCAAGAAGCGAAGUACAGGCUCUCACAGACUCCGAUAUUUGCACUAACAGCGGACAUCUUUGCAGGGACUCGGGAGAAGUGCAUCGAGUCUGGCAUGAACGGCUUCUUGUCAAAGCCUAUAGAGGAGGAGCAGCUGUGGAACGUGAUUUACAA